AUGCCUAGCACUUCCAUACGGCGUCUUGACAACGAGGCGUACACGGUCGCAUUAAUAUGCCCCUUGGAGGUUGAACUGAGUGCGGCUCGAUACAUGCUUGACGAAGAGCAUGGAAUGCUUCUGGGAAACAGAAAAGAUCCGAACAUAUACAUACUUGGAUCCUUGAGUGGGCACAAUGUUGUGCUCGCGGCACUCCCAAAGGGGUCACAGGGAACGGCAUCCGCGGCGGCCGUGGCCAUUCACCUAAUUCGCACUUUCUCGGCAAUCAGACUUCGUUUGCUAGUGGGCAUAGGUGGUGGCAUUCCUAGCCUUGCUAACGAUAUUCGUCUUGGGGAUGUGGUUGUAAGCGCUCCUGACGGUCUUAUUGGAGGAGUAGUCGAAUAUGAUUUGGGUAAGGAAACCACAAACGGGUUCAAGAGGAAGGGUGUACUGUGUCCUCCGCCUGCUGAGUGGAGAAAGGCUAUAGCAAACAUGGCCUCAGACCACCAAGUCCGAGCAAAUCGGAUUGCAGUAUUUCUGUCGGAUAUGCUGCGCAAAUAUCCCACAUUAACAGAGUAUCAAAGGCCGCUGCCGGAGACCGAUAUCUUGUUCCCAGCGGACUAUAUCCACGCUCAGGACGGGGAAAGCUGUGUUUCUUGUGACGCAACUAAGGCCGUGAAACGAGCUCCGCGAACACUGCCUCACGAGUCACGCAUCUUCUAUGGCAUCAUCGCGUCAGGAAACCGUGUCAUCAAAGAUGGCACAAAGCGGGACAGCAUAGCAACGGAGUCAGGUGGCGCGAUGUGUUGUGAGAUGGAGGCAGCCGGACUUAUGGACCAAUUCCAAUGCGUUGUCAUUCGUGGAAUUUCCCAUUACUGUGACUCUCACAAAAAUGAUGACUGGCAUGCUUAUGCUGCAGGUGCAGCUGCAGCUUUAGCGAAGGAAGCCCUGAUGUACAUGGAGCCUCAUUUCUGCUACUUCUUCUUCAAGGAGAAUUUCGAGAAUCGGGAGAUCCUUGUGGAUGCUUUAUGCUGCAUCCUCCAUCAGAUCUUCGAGCAAAGACCGCGCCUGCUUUCCGACCGUUUCCGAUCCAGAUUUGAAAGUGGUCACAUAUAUCAAUCGUUCUGGAGCUUGUGGUCUAUUCUUUGCGAUCUGGCGGAGGAGCUUCCGGAUGAGCAAGUGAUUUGUGUUCUGGAUGCCUUGGAUGACUGUGGGUGCGACGAACAGUCACAACUGGCUGAAUGUUUGACCAACCUCUACCAAGGUACAACGGCCUCUUCGAGGUUGAAAUUCCUCUUCACUAGUCGACCAAAUAGCGCUAUUCAGAGAAGGUUUCAGUCUCUUGGGAAUAACUUCCCAGCCAUUCACCUACGUGGAGAAGACAACGAUGAGGUACAGAAGAUAGAGGGUGAAAUCAAUAUGGCCAUAGAGCACCGAAUAGAGGAGCUUGCAGAGCGACUACAACUUCUGGCAGACGAACGCAACCUUCUUCUCUCUGAGUUAACCUCCGUUCAAAAUCGGACAUAUCUGUGGAUCGAUCACAUCAUGAGUACCUUAGACGAUAUAUUGACGGUCACUCCCACUAGUAUACGUGCAGCCAUCAGAAGACUACCGCGAUCCCUUGACGAAGCUUACGAUCAGAUUUUACGCCGCACUCCAGACCCCGAUCAGGCGAUAAAAAUCUUACAUAUUGUCGUUGCUGCAAAUACACCUCUGACGGUGGCGGAUAUGGCUACUGCAGUGGCUGUUUUAGACCGGAGAUCACCCGAAGACCAGCUUGAGAUCGAACCAGAGCAUCGAACAAAGCGGUCAAUCCGGGAAAUAUGUGGUCUUUUCAUCACUAUCAUCGACUCAAGAAUUUACCUUCUACACGAGACCGCAAGAAUUUUUCUGGUGUAUAGGGAAGGUAGAAGUGAGCCAAUUCCGGACCUUACGUGGAAAGCUUCGUUGAAUCCGCAUGGUUCAGAGUGGAUAUUGGCGAAGGCUUGUGUGGGGUUUCUCCAUUCUACGGAUCAAGAGAUGGCCUCAAGAGACCAAAGCAACCUUAUAGUGGAGUUCAGUCGGACUCCCUUCCUCGAAUAUGCCGUCAAAAAUUGGAGCAAGCAUGUCUUAUCCUCUGAUAUCGAAGAGGACCCAUCGAUACAUUCACAGAUAAUGGACAUCAUUCGCCGCGGUGAAGCCUUCUGUCUUGGGUUCAAUAACGGGGCAGCGUCUAUACAUCAGUUCACUCCCUCAACCACUCUGAUGCGAGCAUCAUGGCUGGGAUUACGUCGCGCCGUUCGAACGCUACUACAAGACAAAGAGAUCGAUUUGAAUUAUAGGAGCACCUAUGGUCGUUCGGCCUUAUCACUCGCAGCAGAGUUAUGGGACAUUUGA